UGUGUUCGAGGGUCUCUAUUCCAGUGGAGAACUCUGAAGAAAUCUGUGUGUCGAGUAAAUCCUCGCAGCAUUUUCUUUAGAUCUUUUAUCUCAGACAAGUUCUGCUGGAAAAAAGGACGUAGUGCAUCCACAUACCACACACUGCGCAGGUCGAAAUUCAAUGGGCUCAAGAUUAUCUGCCGCGAUAAUCAGUGGAUUCUCCUGAGGAUUGUUUGAACCGAGGACUAUCUGGCCAUUACAUCUGGCAGUAUGGGACCUUAAGGAAAAUUUUACGGAGUUAUUUAUAAAGGAUACGAACGAGGAAUUGGGCAUUCAUACAUAAAUUAGAUUUCGAAGAUAUCACAAGCUGCAUUUACAUGCUUCUCGAGAACAUCCGCGCGAUGCGGGUUCGCCCCGUUGUAGUUGACAUUUGAUCUUUCCAAGCAAACCAUGCGUGUAGCGUCGCUUCUAAAAUUAUACGUCAGAUCUCUUAAAUGGUAAUGGUGUGGUUAAUCGCUACCAAAAAGAUCCCUCGCUUGAAGCAAUUUUACUUGGUAUUCAUAAAAUAACCUUCAUAUCACGUGAUACGUAAAGUAUUGCUGCAAGCAACAAUAAAAUUUCAGAGCCGUAAAUGUACGUACAAAAUAAUGCGAUUGGAAUAAUUUUGCUGCAAAUCUUUCAAUUGAUCAAUGAAAUGUUAUUAAAUUUCAUUGAAGUCAUAUGAAAGUCCCAUUGAAGUCCUAUGGCGCUAAAGGUACUUAAUGAAAGCGGAAAAUAAAGUACUAUUCAUCCGUUCCUGAUCGUAUUGCGCGCGCACUUUCACGUGGCAUGUACUUGCCGUGUGUGUGUGUGUGUGCGUGGGUGUGUGUGUGUGUGUGUGUGAGACUACGUAGGCUCGAGAAUUCCAUGCUCACGAAUAGAAACGAUCGAGAGACCACGAGGAGCGUGUGCUGCGAGGUGACGUGCUGCUGGGAAGAGGACAGCUCUGUGCGUUACUUUCGCACGUGACAAUACAUCGCGCAGGAACAGCCGGACAAAUCGUCGGAGAGAGUGGAACUGCGAUCUCUUUCUUUCGGUUGACAAUCAUGGAGGAAACAAAUCUUUUGACAUGGAUUGAUUACUUCGUUAUAGCGGUUAUGCUGAGCGUAAGCGUAGGAAUUGGUAUUUAUUACAAAUUCAGCGGAGGUCGUCAAAAGACCAUGGAGGAAUAUUUCGUCGCGAAUCGAUCAAUGGGCGUUAUACCAGUUGCCAUUGGUCUGAUGGUCUCUUUCAUGUCCGCUAUUACAUUGCUCGGUGUGUCCGCCGAGAAUUACUCGUUCGGGACGCAGUUUGUCACAAUAAACAUAUCGUAUCUAAUAGGCACGCCGAUCGUGUGCUACGGAUUCCUGCCGGUAUUCUUCAAAUUGCAAGCGACCAGUGCCUACGAGUAUUUAGAAAAGCGUUUUGGAGUAAAAACUAGGAUGAUGGCUAGUUUUGUUUACUGGGUUCAACUGCUUUUGUACUCAGGAGUGGUGCUUUAUGCUCCUUCUUUAGCUUUGGAAGCGACAACUGGAAUUCCUAAGACUACGAGUAUCAUUAUUAUCGGUUGUGCCUGCGCUUUUUACUCUAGUAUAGGUGGCAUUAAGGCUGUACUGAUAACCGAUGUAUUUCAAGCUGCACUUAUGUUCUUUGCUGUAUUUGUCGUUAUCGGCAUAGCAGCGAGAGACGCAGGAGGCUUGGGACGAAUAUGGGAGAUUGCGAAGGAGGGACACCGAAUUGAGUUUGACAAUUUUUCCUUAGACCCAACGGUUCGACAUACCUGGUGGUCUCUCAUUAUCGGAGGUUUAUGUACUUUCUUAUCGCUUUAUGGAGUGAAUCAAGUGCAAAUACAACGUACGUUGACUGUAAAAAACAUAAAGGCUGCUCAAAGAACAUUAUGGUUGUCUUGGCCUUUUCUAACAAUCCUCUCAAUCACAACUUGCUUCUCAGGAUUGGCGAUAUACAGUAAAUACUACAAUUGCGAUCCAAUUCUGCAGAAAAGAAUUACUACACCAGAUAUGCUUAUGCCGCUGUACGUUAUGGACACAAUGUCCGAUAUGCCAGGCUUGCCAGGCCUCUUUAUUGCAGGUAUUUUUAGCGCUGGCCUCAGCACGAUCUCAGCGGCUUUGAAUUCCCUGGCAGCGAUAACGCUAGAGGAUUAUAUCAAACCUGUGUACAAGAAGUUCGCCGAUCACGAAAUCUCCGCCGCGAGAUCAACCACCGUCGCUAAACUGCUCGCUUUCAUAUUUGGCAUAAUUUCCAUCGCUCUAGCAUUCUUAGCUCAAUUACUCGGUGGAGUUCUUCAAGCUGGCUUGACCAUCUUUGGGGUGGUCGGCGGGCCAUUGUUAGGCGUCUUCACUCUUGGCAUGGGCACGGAAUCGGCGAUAGAGGGUGGUGCCCUUGUUGGCUCUCUAACUUCGCUCGCGUUUCUAUUCUGGAUAGCUUUCGGACAACCGCGUCCGAUACUCCCCAUUCUGCCGAGGUCCAUCGAAGGCUGUGUCACGAAUAAUUCUGCGAAUGCGACGAUUUUAGGAAAUGCUACGUCGAUACCAGUCCUGCAAAAUGUCAGCGAAAAUUCAUACCCUUAUCUGUACCGUAUCUCGUAUAUGUGGUACUGUCCCUUAGGGUUCCUAAUAACGUUCGUAGUGGGUCUAGUUGUCAGCAACUUGUUCCACUUAUGCAACAAAAAUCAAAACGACGAUUUAGAUCUUAAAUUGUUCUUCCCUUUGGUAGCGAGACGUAUACGUUACAGACGAAGUACCGACGUCGCACUCAAUGAUAUGGCGGAUUAUGUGCGGAAAACGAAGGAUUCUCUCAGCAAUGGAAAGAACGAGAAUGACAAUUACGAAGUUUUUGUCAAACUUUAACGAUCUCUUUUUUUCUUUUAACGUAGGAUAAUGGACAUUCCAUACUUAUAAAUAGAAUCUAAUUGAACAGAUAUUAAGAGUCGGUCAGAUAGUUCAAUUCGACUUUCGAUAGAUAGGAUAAUUUCAAUACAUACAGAUACAAAUGAUGCAAACGAAAAUGUAUUGCUAAUGAAUUUCGUAUUACUUUAUUGACUAGAAAAUAAUUCGUUUGCAUUGAUUUUAGUAUGGUCGUGGCUUUGAUGAAAAAUCAAAUUGGACCGUUUGCCUGAUCCGAUAAAUUUGGCCUAGAUAAAUUGUCAGAAAAAGAAUAUAUUGUUACUUCAUGGGACCUGAAUAUGGUAGCGGACAAUAUUGAAAAGAGACUUGUAGCGAAUAUUUUUUCGUUCAUGAUUUUACAGUAUAGAUAUUUCGUGCUGGAUAUUUGUGUACACAAUUUUCCACACAGUUGCAUAAUUUUAACGCUACUUCAGUUGCGUUACUUUAACACCACUUCUGAACCACUUGAAAAUUAAGUGAUCUUACCUCAAACCAGUCUUCCACUGCUGCGUUUGCACUGCCAGUUUGCACCGUCAACGGUUAGUACUUUCUGCGAGAUAUGUGCGGCGCUCUCGCGAGAAAGGGUGUGCAUUUUAGGCAUAAAUUUGGCAGUGAUCAGACAUAUCUAUGCAUAUCUCAGAGCUAAGUUUCUUUUGUGUACGUAACAUCGAAACCAUGUACGUAUGCAACUAUGUACUUGAAGGAACUCUACCUCGUAAGGAAUCUGGACAAUAUUUAAAAUUAUAGACUGCUAAAAAAAACUAGAUUUAAAUAUAUAACACAUGAAUAAUAAUAACGGCUAUAAUAAUUGAAAUUACGGCGGGAAAGAUUGAAAUACGUUGUACAAAUCAAAUUGUUUAACGUGUUUGGAUUAACAAAUAUCCGAUUUACCUGAAAAUUUUCUAUUUAUUAGAAACUUCAGUAUUUUCAUAAAAUAAUAUAUUGACGCGAUGCGUUCAUCGACGCGUAUAAAUCUUGUUGCUGUUAUCUGCAUUUAUGAAUUCUCAAAUAUCUUCUUGCAAAAAAAAU